AAUCUAAUACAGCGAAGCUGGGCUGGACUCUUCGGGCUCCAAAUUCCUCGUUUAGGUUAAACGAAAUCCCUGCGGCGGGCGACUCCUUUAAAGAAACUCUUUUCCUCACCGUCACCGACCCAAGUAAAAGAACGGUGAAUCUCAGGGUUUGUACUGUCUUAGGUUUUUAAUCUUCAAACGAAGCGAUGGGGAGAGCCAAAAAAGGCCCUAAAUUUGCAAAAAUGAAGAAGAUGAUUACCUCUAAAGCAAUUAAACAACAUAAAGAAGAGGUUUUGAAUCCGAAGAAAAAAGAUUUGUCCCUCGAAAAGCUUCCAAGAAAUGUGCCACAGGUUUCUUCUGCUCUCUACUUCUCAUACAACACAGCUUUGGGGCCGCCAUAUAGGGUCUUGGUGGAUACUAACUUCAUUAAUUUCUCUAUUCAGAAUAAAUUGGAUUUAGAGAAGGCAAUGCUGGACUGCUUGUAUGCGAAAUGCACACCUUGCAUCACAGACUGUGUAAUGGCGGAACUUGAGAAGUUGGGUCAGAAAUACCGCGUGGCUUUAAGGAUUGCUAAGGAUCCACGUUUUGAGAGACUACCCUGUAUUCAUAAGGGGACUUAUGCUGAUGACUGUAUUGUUGAAAGGGUUACCAAGCAUAAAUGCUAUAUUGUUGCUACAUGUGAUCGAGAUUUAAAGCGAAGAAUCCGCAAGAUCCCUGGUGUGCCAAUCAUGUACAUCACUCAACACAAAUACUCAAUUGAGCGGUUGCCUGAAGCAACAGUAGGUGGAGCUCCACGAUAUUGAUAGCUUUCAAGAUUGGGAGAACAGAGGAUUUUGCUUGAUGCUCUUGAAUGUUAUUUAUCCUCUACCAUAUGGAAAUAUGGUUGAGAUCCUUUACCAUAUGGUGGCUCUUUUUUAGUGUAGUUGUUUCCAACCUCGAAAUGAGGGUUGAAAUUUGUUGUUUCUAUAAUCAGAGGAAAGUCUUCACAAUAUGCAACUGUUUUUAGCUUUACGCCUUGUUUCAUUAUUCUAUAUCACUCUUGCAGUCUGAAUUAUGCUUCAA